UAGAUAGCACAUAUAUAUAUAAUGGUGAGCUUAACUUGACCGCGCCCCACCUAGGGUUCACGAGGGGAAAGGAGGAGAGAGGAUUGUAGAUCAGAGAUGCGACGGUUGCCCUGCGCCGAUCUCCUUUGGGAGCUGCAAUCCGGAACCCUCUUUCGGUUUAGAUUUCAGAAGUUCAAAUCCUUCCCGGUUUCAAUCUCCAGGAGUUAUAAAUAAGAGUUGCCGUCAACCAACGACACCAGGGAUUCCUAGGAUAUCAGUUUUCACGAGCCAUCAAGUGCCCGAUAUCAGCCUCAGAAGAUCAACGCGGGAGCCAUCGUGUCUCCAGGUUGCCAGCGCAAGGGGACGCCUGGGCAGUCAUCAAAAUUUGGAGGAGAACCUAUAAUACAUCAGAAGACUUCGAUGGACAAACCUUCUGUCAAGGGCCUCAGCAGUUCUAACCGGUGGUGCUCCAUAGCCAUGCUGGAAGAAGAUGAAAGCGCCUUGCACCGUGACAGGCUCAGCAAUUUACCUGAAGACCUGUUGCUCAAUAUCAUAGAGCGACUUGAUGUUGCAGAUGCCAUGAGAACCAGCAUUCUCUCCAGACGGUGGAAGCUGAUCCCUACUAUGCUCUCCAAAAUUCUUAUAAUGGUUGGUUCCACUGACAACAUGCAAGAGAGGACCUGUGAUGUUGCUCGGGCCAAUGCAACCGUGCUUGGAGCAACCAGGAGCCUUCUGGAAAGCAGGAGUGCAAGUCCAUGCACCAUCCACCGCCUGUGCUUACAAUUCUACUUGGGAAAGGGAUCCAAAUUAAUUGGCCGGACUGUUGCCAAAACCAUAGCAAAACACAAGGUUGGUUUUGCUGAGUUCACAAUCUUGACACAGAAGGAAUUGGAACGAAGCAGCUCUGCCGAUAGGUUCGCUUACGGGCUGCAGUUCAAGUUAUUUCUUGGUACUUGCCCGAACGCAUUCAUUCGUCUCGCACGACUCAAGUUAGAGAAUUUGAGGCUACUUGAAUCAGAUAUCCCUUGCAUUCUCAAAGUGUGCAAACGACUGGAGUUCCUCCGCUUGGACAACUGUGACAUGGGGUAUCGGUCCUUGCUAGCAGUGGAACACCCGCGACUCCGUGAGCUCGAGAUUGUCAGCAGUGAGUUUGAGAGGGUUGAUCUGAGCUUUCUGCCAGAGCUAACAACGCUGACUUUUUCUUAUUGGGUGUCUCUGCAUGACCCUUUGUCUUUUGGUUAUGUCCCACUGCUGCACACCGUGAGCAUCAGUAAUACAGCUCUUUCAUGGCACAAGAUGCUCAAGUUAAGUGAACUUCUUGGCAAAGCCACUGUUAGCAACCUGCAUCUGGGCUUUGAAAGCGAAAAGAUUUGGGUUAAACCUGAAGAUCGGAGAAAAUUGUCAUUGGUGUUCAGCAAACUAAGGUUUGUUAAUUUGGCUGCCAUUUCAGAAGAAUGUGAUCUGAAGUGGACCUUGUUUGUUCUGCAAGGUGCACCUUCCCUUGAGGAGUUAUGCAUCAAGGUUUGCGAUUGUUUGAGGAUAUGGGAUGAGGAAGAGAGGAGGAAGCACGCGUAUAGUGAGAAGAGGAAGGACGCUGGUACAAAUUGGGAAGCAUCUGAUUUCAUGCACCGCAAACUUUCUGUGCUCAAGAUCUUUGGGUUUCAGUCAGAAGAAAAAUUUAUGAAUUAUGCCAAAACCGUCAUGGAAGUAGCAGUCAAUCUGAAAGACAUCUACCUGCACGAGAAGCCAGCGUGUGAGGAGAAGUGUGCAUACAGCCACCGGCGAGGUGACAGAUACCCACGGACAAAGAGGCAUAAGAUCUGGGUUAGGAACAAUCUGGACAUGGAUAUGCACCCGCUGUUAAGGCUUCACUUCCGAUUUUAAGAAAAUAAUGUAGUUUUGCUUCUUCUGGAUAAUAACAAGGAAUCAGGCGUUAUGGUCCUGAACACAUAUUUGUGUUUUAGCUAUGUUGUGUCUACAUUUUGGCGAUGAAGACUGUUUGUUCUAUAUCUCAGUAAGGAAGUGACUGCUUAUUGUAUCAGUAGUAAAAUGUUGCUAUGAAACUAAACUUGUCUUGCAUUUUA